AUGACCAUACAUUACAUAUUUUCCAUAGGUCGACUUCUCUGGAGUAUGAAAGAGCGUUUGAAUAAAAUCCAACAGGUCCGAAUAAAACAGCAUGUGAUGAUGAAGACUUUCACUGCCAUCCCUAAAGAAGGCCGAAUUCAUCAACCCCUGAACCAUUUUGACAGGAAAAAUACCAAAACCUUUCCUCAGAGAUUUAUGGUGAAUGAGGGUUAUUGGCAGCGGUCAGAUGGACCGGUCUUUCUCUACAUUGGAGGAGAGGGCCCUCUCUCUAAAUAUAGUCUAUUAUACGGUCAUCAUGUGGAGAUGGCAGAGAGACAUGAAGCACUGCUGGUGGCUCUGGAACAUCGCUUUUAUGGAAAGAGCAUCAACCCCGAUGGUCUAGAAACCGAUCAGCUCAGAUAUCUCUCCAGCCAGCAAGCUCUGGCAGACCUGGCGGCAUUUCAUCAUUAUAUCAGCCAGCGUUUUGGCCUCUCUUAUAAAAACACCUGGAUCAGUUUUGGGGGUUCCUAUGCUGGAGCUCUCUCGGCCUGGCUAAGAGGGAAGUUUCCUCAUCUCAUCUAUGGAGCGGUGGCAUCUUCUGCCCCUGUUUAUGCUCUACUUGACUUCAGCUCAUAUAACAGGGUGGUUGGUCGUAGUCUUACAAAUGAGGCAGUGGGCGGCUCUGAAAAGUGUUUAACAGAAGUGCGAGAGGCGUUUUCUGCAGUGGAGGCCGCUCUGCUGAUGGGAAAUGAAAUUGAGGUUGGCAGAGACUUCAGAUGCUGUGAGUCCCCUGUUAAACCUGAGGACAAGAUUGAACUGGUACAGAGUUUAGCCGGUGUCUUCAUGGGAACUGUUCAAUACAACGAGGAGGGGCUGGAAUUUAACAUUGUGGAGCUCUGUGACAUCAUGACCAAUAAGAGUGAAGCUUAUAAACAGGAGGAGCCAUAUGACCGUCUGAUCAAACUAAUGGCGAUGUAUCAGGCCAAAGUGAACGCCCCCUGUCUGGGUGUCUCUCAUGAGAAGCUUGUACUUGAACUCAAUAACACUAAAGUUAGAUCCAGCUAUAGACCGUGGGUUUACCAGACCUGCACUGAGUUUGGCUUCUAUCAGACGUGUGAAGAUGAUAGCUGCCCAUUCUCACACAUGAUAAACCUUCAGAUUGAAACUAAGCUCUGCUCUCAGCUCUUUGACAUCCCUCAAUACAGUCUGCCUGUUUACAUUGACUUCACUAACCAGUACUACGGAGGGAAGCGACCACAAACCCGACGCGUGCUCUAUGUUAAUGGCAAUAUUGACCCAUGGAUGGAGCUAAGUGUGACCUGGAAUGACAGAAUGGUGGACAAUGAUAGCGUCGUUCUUAUUAACGGCACUGCACACUGUGCCGACAUGAACCAAGAUAAAGCUCUGGAUAAACCUGCACUGCACCAGGCCAGAAAGGAGAUUGAGAGGCAAGUGGCCAAGUGGCUUAAAAUGCAUCAUGGCACUAUAUGAUUUAAUCAGCGUGCCUGUUUGACAAUCACAGGACCUGAAUUUAUGCUUCUCUUUUGUCUUUUCCCUGUCGUCUUGUCACCACAUUUCCAGCACUUUUGAUGACAGGGUUAGUGGAUGUUUAUUAAAAGUUCUGUUUAAAAUAAUGCACACACUGACAUGAGAUAAAGACUCUGGUUUAAGUAAAGGUGGGCACCUUGUGCUGGCUGCAUGUUCACUUAACCAUCAAAAUAAUAAUUAUUUUGCCCUUUGUUUUAAAGACCCUUUUGUUUUUGAAAUAAAUGAAUCAUGACCGACAGUAUAUGGUAUACUGACAACGACAUAAAUGGCUACAAAAUAUUGCUUUUGCAUUAUGCCACAUUUUUAUCAAAUCUUCAUCACAUCUUCUUCAUUUCAGUAUAACAGCCAAGCACAGUGUUAUCUCUCCAAAAAUUUUAAAUAAAUGAAAAUUACAUGGUUGCCAUUUAAUCAAGGCCCAUGCAUAGAAAAUAAUAUUUUAACCCCUCGGGAGUCAGCUGACAUUAGCUUAACUUAAAACUUUCUUUUAAUACAUUACAUUAAUAGUCCACUCACUAGUACGGUUUAUUCUUAGACGUUGUACUUUGGUACUUUUGUUG